AUGUGCAUAUAAACACAGUAUUUGUCAGGAUUUGUCUCAAUUUCAUCUUGGGAAUGAAAACAGCAGCACCAUGAGGCUCCUUGCUUUCCCCCUGAUGAUGUCACUGAUGAUGUCACUCAUGGGAUGUGGAUGUGUGCAGGAGGGCACAGACCAGGAGGGCACAGAUCUGCAGGACACCGCUCAGAACAACUCCCAAGCUGCAGCUGAAGAAAGUGUCAGUGAAACCAUCGCUAAAGCCAACCAGAAAAUCGAGUCUCAUGUGAUGGAGGACGACAUCGCUGUGGACAGAUCCCGCAGAAACGUCAUCUCAUGCUCUUAUUGUAAAUGGCCCAAAUACGGGUCAAAGGUCACUAUCCAGAUUUACUUUGAUCCCAGCUACAGUUCCUCUGAGAAGAGUCUGAUCCGCUCAGCCAUGAGGACCAUCGAGUCUCAGACCUGUAUCAAAUUUGAGGAGAUCUCACGAAGCUGGAGUUACUUCACACGACAUCUCUACAUCCACUCUGGAACUGGGUGCUGGUCAUACACUGGGAGGAAGUGGUGGAUGCUCAGUCAGAAAGUGUCACUGUCUAAAGAUGGCUGCCUCUACACGGCCACGGUCCAACAUGAGCUUCUGCAUGCGCUCGGAUUCACCCACGAACAUUCCCGCUCUGACCGUGACAACCAUGUGACCAUCCGGCAUGAGAACAUUGAACCAAAUAGGAAAUACAACUUCAUAAAGCAGCAGACUGACAACCUGGACACACCCUAUGACUUUGACUCCGUCAUGCAGUACCACAAUUAUGACUUCUCUAUAAAUAAAAAACCCACACUUCAAUCAAAGAGAAACCCAAGAAUGCGUUUUGGAUAUGCAUCUGGAGUGAGCAAGAACGACAUUCUGAGAGUGAACCGCUACUACGAGUGUUAAAUCUGUGUGAAACCACAACCACUAUGUUUACAUGUACAAAGAAACCUAUGUGGCUAAAAACAACCAAGUCCAAAUGGUCUUUGCAGACCACUCAGUACCAGUCUACAGGCAGUUUAAACAGGGGCAUAACUUUGAAACUUUUCAGCUAUAAUUAUUACUAGUCUACAACUGCCAGCAGUGAUAACAGGCCCUUGCAACACUUUGAAUCACGAAAGGGUGCUCUUCAGUGGGAGGGCUACCUGUCAACCCCAGCUUGAUUCUAAAUUAGCACUGUCACAUUGCAAAUAAAAGUCAUCAUCCCAUUUUAACAUUGCAGGGGGCCCUGGAGUGCCAGUUUUAAAACCAGAAGUUUCCACACAUGUCAUAAAGGGUUUGGGUCUGUUUAAAUUUGAUGAUGUUUGGAAAAUAUGUUUUUAUAAGGGGUUGUUAUGCAAAUGUAGACAUAGAGAGGGCAUGGUUAUCAUUGGCUUUUUUUUGAAGAUAUCACAUUAAAAGUUUGUCUGAAUCAGUCUGUUUGCAAAAGUUCAAAAAUAUAUAUACUUUAAAAAUGGCCGCCUUAUUAAGAGUUCAUUAUGACUACAACCUGAGAAUUAAAAUAAUAAUGUAAAUUUUUUUCAACAAUGUUUGAGAUCAUUCAAACACAAGGGCUAGAUUUUGAUUAUCUGUGGUUUGGGGCGAGGCUAUAAUAUUCUCUUUUGUUUAUCUUGAGAUGCUCUACCUGCUUAGAGCUCUGCCCCCUCCUAUCUCCUAUUCACUCAUGAUGGUACGCUGA